GGUUCCCUGACAUUAGUUCUGGAUAUUACACUGUUGUAUUGAGAUGAAAACAGAAUAGUUGGUUCCAUUUGUCUUCCGGGUUCACCAGAGGCAAGUGAACUUUGUGAUUGUGGGCAUUAUAACAUUGUGACCACAAACAGCUUCCGGGCAUCUUCCAAACCCAUGUUAUAUAAUGCAUGCAGCUUAUGGGUAUCACCUCACCUGUCGUAUUUGUUUGUUUGUUUGUUUGCAGUGCUCAUGGUCAUGGAGUAUUGCAUUUCAUUUUGCCCCUUCAAUGAAACCGGGGGGAAGUAAUUUCCCCUGCAAUGCAAUAAAUAUGGUUAGUUACGACUGAAAACCAUGAAUAACUAGUACUCCACAGUAGUAUUAAAUGGAGUAGCAUAAAUAGACAAAUCGAAACUCCCUCCCGCCAUAUCAUCAUCGUCAUUUUCGUCCCAAACUGAUAGCCAUUGUUGGCUUGCUUGCAUGGACCAGACUACGAAAAAACUCGCCAAAGCUCUGUUCAACAACUCUAGCAACCCCAAAUUAGCAUGGCAGCUUUUUAAACGGAUCAUCUCCUCUCCCAACCCUUCCAAUUCCUUCUCUCACUUCCAUCAAUUUGUUCCCUUCAUCACCCGAAUCCUACUUCGUGCUAAAAUGUUCCCCGAAAUCGAUGCCUUUCGCCAACUCCUCCUCUCUCUUCCCCUCCACACUUCCCACCCUUCUCUAGCCACCACUGUUCGAAUCUUGGCAGACUCUGGUCAUUUAACUCAGGCCAUUUCUCAUUUCCGAUCAAUCCGAACUCAUUUCCCUGCUAAUCCUCCCUCUCUGUCUUUGUACAAUUUCCUUAUGGAGUCCUGCCUUCGGGAGAAUUCUGUGGGUUACAUCUCGUGGUUGUACGGCGAUCUGAUCACUGCAGGCCAUUCGCCAGAGACUUAUACUUUCAAUCUUCUGAUUGGUGGCCUUUGUGAUUGUGGUCGUUUGGAAGAUGCCCGGAAGCUGUUUGAUAAAAUGCGCGACAAAGGUUGUCAGCCUAAUGAGUUUAGUUUUGGAAUUUUGAUCCGAGGAUAUUGCAGAGCCGGGCUUGCUAGCACAGGUUUGGAGCUUCUGGAUGUAUUGAAAAAUAUGGGUCUUUCUCCUAAUGCUGUGAUAUACAAUACUUUGAUUUCAACUUUUUGUAAGGAAGGUAAGACUGAUGAAGCUGAGAAAUUGGUGGAGAGAAUGGGAAAGGAUGAUCUACUCCCAGAUGUUGUGACUUUCAAUUCAAGGAUUUCAGCUCUUUGUAGCGCGGGAAAGAUCAUUGAAGCGUCUAGAAUUUUCGGAGACAUGCAACUAGAUGACGAGUUGGGUUUGCCUCGGCCUAAUAUAAUUACGUACAAUCUUAUGCUGGAGGGAUUUUGCAAGAAAGGGAUGUUGGAGGAAGCAAAGACCCUAGUUGAGUCGAUGAAAAUAAAUGGUGCUUUCGCAAAGGUGGAGAGCUAUAAUAUAUGGUUGAUGGGUUUGUUGGGAAAUGGGAAAGUGGUAGAGGCACAAUCGGUCCUUAAGGAGAUGGCAGAAACAGGCAUAGGGCUAAAUGUUUACUCGUAUAACAUCGUGAUGGAUGGACUGUGCAAGAAAGGAAUGCUCACUGAUGCGAGACUGAUGUUGUAUUCAAUGAAACGUAAUCAGGUUCCCCCUGAUACGGUUACUUAUAGCACCCUACUCCAUGCAUAUUGCACAAAAGGGAAGGUACUGGAAGCCAAUAAUGUUCUGAGUGAGAUGGUGAAGAGUAACUGUUGGCCAAACAGUUACACUUGCAACAUCUUGCUGCGCAGUCUGUGGAAAGAGGAGAAAUUAUCAGAAUCGGAGAGUCUCCUGCAAAAGAUGAAAGAGAAAGGUUAUGGCGUGGAUACUGUGACCUGUAAUAUCGUGAUUGAUGGUCUAUGCAAAUGUGGGAAGGUGGACAAAGCAGUGGGAAUUGUGAGUGAAAUGUGGGAUCACGGGAGUGCUGCUCUUGGUGAUCGAGACAACUCAUUUAUCGAUCUAUUGGAUGACAAUAGUAAAUGGAAGGAGUGCAUGCCUGACUUGAUCACAUAUUCAACUGUAAUUAAUGGAUUAUGCAAUGCUGGAAGGCUUGAUGAAGCUAAAAGGAAGUUUGCUGAGAUGACAGAGAGGAACUUGUGCCCUGACUCAAUUGUUUAUGAUACUUUUAUCCAUAGUUUCUGCAAAAUUGGAAAGGUGUCCUCAGCAUUCCGGGUUCUCAGGGACAUGGAAAGAAAAGGUUUUAACAAGAGCUUACAAACUUAUAACUCUUUAAUUGUUGGGUUGGGAAGUAAAAAUCAGAUAUUUGAAAUGUAUGGGCUAAUGGAUGAGAUGAGGGAAAGAGGAGUUUCUCCUGAUGUUUUCACUUACAAUAGUAUGAUUAGCUGUUUAUGCGAAGCGGGGAGACCAGAAGACGCAAUUUACAUCUUAGAUGAAAUGUUACAGAAGGGUGUUUCCCCUAAUAUGUCUUCCUUUGGUUUUUUAAUAAAAGCUUCUUGCAAGACAGGUGAGUUUGGAAUAGCACGGGAGGUUUUUGAUAUUGCUCUCACUACAUGUGGCCACAAAGUAUCGCUUUACAGUCUGAUGUUCAAUGAGCUGCUCGCUGGAGGGGAAAUCCUGGAAGCCAAGGCUCUCUUGGAAGCUUCAUUAGACAGAUGUUUUGAUAUAGAGAGCUUCCUCUACAAAGAUCUCAUCAACAGACUUUGUAAGGAGGAAAAUUUGGAAGGUGCUACUGAUAUCCUGAAAAAGAUGGUCCACAAAAGAUAUGGGUUUGAUCCUGCAUCAUUCAUGCCAGUGAUUGAUGGUUUAGGUAAAAGGGGAAUUAAGCAUGAGGCAGAUGAACUGGCAGAAAGGAUGUUGGAGAUGGCUUCACAUGGUAAUGUGACAAAUAAGGUUUACCAGAACAAGAGGGAGUUAUCUUGUGCGAAACGAGGAAAGUAUGGUGGAAGUGAUUGGCAAGCCAUAGUGCACAGAGACGAUGGCAGUGGCAUAGCAUUGAAAACACUCAAGCGGGUGCAGAAAGGCUGGGGUCAAGGGAGCACAUUGAGUUUGCAACCCCAGAAAAAUGAUUAUCUUGAUAUCUGGGAUGGCACAAGUUGAUAUUCCCUCUUCAUUGCACCUUUUUGAAGGUUGUGAUUGUUUGUUGUUUAUAGUAUAGCUGAACGCUGAAGCUGACUUGGAAGCUAGCCGGCUGUAACAACAUUCCUAUUAGGUCCCUUAUGUAAGAUCAUUGUUUCCGCUCUUUGGCUUUGUUCGUGCAUAUUCGACUAUUAACACUUUUCUCUUUCGUGGAAAAGCCAGCUACUUUUGCGGGGGAAGAUGGUGUGGAGCUAAUCCUGCAGUGUGGACCUCAGUGUCUUUAAGCUGGUCUUUUUUGGUCAUACCUUGGCUUGAUAGUAUUCUUCCAAGGAAAUAAAAGGUCCUAAGCAAAGGAUAUAAGGAGCAGAUUGCUGUAUGCACUUGUUUCUUGAUAGAAGCCCUUGUUGUAACGUGCUGGUUGUGAUCAAUGUCACUAAUUUAUUUUCUUAAAUUUCUUAGUGUACAUGCAAGAAAGUUCUUGAUGGAUAGACAACCUUAGUAAUUUUAUGAUAUCUGCAUUUCUAUC